AUGGCUCCAUUCGACAGCCCCCAAUAUGAUCUCGUAGUUGUGGGGUCCGGUUUUGCCGGAAGCAUGACAGCUCUAAACUUCCUCGAGCAAUGCAAGAAAGAUGGCAAGCAAGGAAAAGUUGCCAUCAUCGAAGCUGGCAAGAACGGCGAGCGCUGCGGUGCAUCUCGAUGGACAAUGGCAUACCUACGCUUGGACAGAAACAACAAAUUCGACUCGGAUUGGAUCAAGGAGAUGAGAUUGGUUAGCAGAGGUCUUGCAGACGAAGAUUAUUGCCGCAAGCUGGAACACCUUGUUCCAGAUCUCGCUCAGUAUUUACUUGACCAUGGCGUCCAACUCAAUCACCAUGAUGAGAAGAAUGUGCUGCUGGAGUUCAAGACCGAUCAACAUUUUGUCUUCCCAGAAGGUGGCGGAAAUGCUAUCAUCCAGAAUCUAUUCAAACAUAUAUCCGAUUUCAGCAAUUGCGAUGUCCUUUGGGAGACUGCUGCUGUGAAACUUCUUACCUCGGAUCGAGGCGAAGUAACUGGCGUGAAGGUCAGGAAAUCCGAUGGACUACUCUAUGACAUCCCUGGAAAGAACGUCAUGCUAGCAUGUGGAGGCUUCGAAGGCAACCGAGAAAUGCUCGCCAAAUACGUGGGCAGAAAUACACAUAAUCUCCCGCUCAUCGCCCCAGGACUGAAGUACAACACUGGUGCAGGCAUCAACAUGGCAUUGGAAGUCGGUGCUGGCACAGCAGGUUCAUUCGACGGCAUGCACUGUGAGCUUGUUGACACUCGAGCUACUAAGCCUGAUGCCGUCGUUUGGGGCCACAACUACGGCAUUGUCGUCAACCGAGACUGUAAACGCUUCUACGAUGAAGGCAAGCGGCAUCUCUUCGCGACAUUUGAGAUGAUCGCUCUUGAAACAUGGCGUGAUCAGAACCAAGUAGCAUAUUUCGUCACAGAUGCCACGAUCAUGAAUCGUUUCCGUCCAGGUUGGGUAUACGACACAUCCGACAAGGAUCCAAUCGAAGCCAACUCCAUCCCCGAGCUCGCUCAAAAGCUCGGUCUCGAUCCAGAUAAGCUGUCCAAGACAGUCGAGGAGUUCAACAAAGCCUGCAACGAUAAGCCAUUUGAUCUGAUGGCCCUGGAUGUAAGGCUACGACCGGCUUGA